UUUUAUUCUACGCCGCGAUAUCGUACAGAAUACACAAAAAUAAUGAAGUCUUUUAUUAAUUAUUCGCGAGAUUGCGAGUUUCCGAUUGAAAAUUUGCCGUAUGGAGUCUUUACUACUUCCAACCAGACGCAGAAACAUAUAGGAGUAGCUAUUGGAGACCAAAUAUUGGACCUAUUUAUCAUAUCGCAUUUAUUUACCGGGCCGCUUUUAUCAGGGAAGCAAGAUGUCUUUCGUCAAGAUUGUCUCAAUGAUUUUAUGGCACUUGGAAGACCCGCUUGGCUGGAAGCGAGGUCUACUAUUCAAAAAUUGUUAUCUACUUCAAGUACAGAGCUUCAAGAGGAACCUUUGAGAUCAAAAGCAUUUAUAAAACAAGACUCCGCAAUAAUGCAUUUACCAGCAAAAAUAGGAGAUUACACAGACUUUUACUCUUCAAUUCAUCACGCAACAAAUGUCGGAAUAAUGUUCCGAGGAAAAGAAAAUGCAUUAAUGCCUAACUGGAAAUAUUUACCAGUAGGCUACCACGGUCGCGCCAGCUCGGUAGUAAUAUCAGGAACUCCUCUGCACCGUCCAAGAGGCCAAACUGUCCCUGUAGAAGGGCAAGCUCCAGUUUAUGGAACUUCUAAACUCAUGGACUUUGAGCUAGAAGUCGCGUUUUUUGUUGGUGGAGCACCUACUAAACUUGGGGAAUCUAUUCCUGCUUCAAAAGCCUACGAUCAUAUUUUUGGGAUGGUUUUAAUGAAUGAUUGGAGUGCCAGAGACAUUCAAAAGUGGGAGUACGUCCCCUUGGGUCCAUUUGGUGCAAAAAAUUUUGGGACUACAAUUUCACCCUGGGUAGUAACUAUGGAAGCUCUGGAGCCUUUCAAAGUUCCAAACAUGGACCAAGAUCCAAAACCAUUCGAGUAUCUUCAGCACAAUAAUUUUUGCAAUUUUGACAUCAAACUUGAAGUCGACAUCAAAACCCCCAAAGGAAUAGUGACGACAGUAUCACGCAGUAACUACAAGAAUAUGUACUGGACACCUCAGCAGCAGCUGGCUCAUCACACAGUCACUGGUUGCAAUGUUAAUCCUGGAGAUUUGAUGGCCUCUGGUACUAUAAGUGGUGAAGCUGCUGAUUCGUUCGGAUCUAUGCUAGAAUUAUCAUGGAAAGGAACAAUGCCAGUUUCAAUGCAAGAUGGUACUACUAGAAAAUUUUUGCAAGAUAAUGACGAAGUUAUUAUCCGCGGGUACUGUGUUGGAGAUGAUUACAAAGUUGGGUUUGGUCAAUGUGCUGGAAAAUUGCUACCUGCUCACUCUGAUUAA